AUGCAGCCAGAAAAUUAUCUUCUCGCCAGUUCCUUGACCGCAGCCAUACUCUAUGGCGUCAAAGCUCGUGCAAGGCCGAGCUACUCGCGCAUGACCACCAAAACCCUCGCAGUUUCCUUACUUGCGAUCCUCGUCAAAAUUGUUGAUGGGCCGACGUACCUCCUAGCUGCACUCAGCUUUGGGGCGCUGGGCGAUGCGUUUCUUGCUUGGGAUUCAGAGCCGGCAUUCUUGGCAGGCCUUGGAAGCUUCUUGACAUCGCAUCUCUUCUACAUCGCGCUGUUCUUUGAGACAGGCGCAAAGAGGCUUGUUCUAGAAGAUCAAUCACGCGUCGCUAUCGUUAUCUCAGCUAUUCUACUUGGACCCACGAUGUUGACGCUGCUGAUUCCGAGAGUCAACAACGAACUUCGCCUACCCAUUCUUCUCUAUACCUGUGCAAUUCUGGGCAUGAUAUUCUCGGCACUGACGAUCGAGAAUGAUAAGGUCGCACUGGGAGCUGUUGUGUUUACGGUAUCUGAUACCAUCUUGGCCUCUGGCAGAUUUCUUGUACCUACAUCAUCUUCACAUCAAGUCUGGAUGGACUAUGCUGUUUGGAUUCUUUACUACUCGGGACAAUUCAUGCUCGCAAUGGGCACUCUAGAGCAAGCCGGAAUUCAAUUAGGCGCAAAUUGA